AUGCUAAGUCAUCAGCUGAUUCUAUUUAAAGGUUCAGUUGGACAUUUAAAAAAUCUUAAAUCUUUUGAAUUUGCAUUUUUAGCACACAUAUUUAGUGGUAUAUUUUUAAUUACAGAUAACUUAUUUAACACAUUGCAAAACAAAUCAUUUGACAUAGAAUAUUGUUUAAGGAAAAUAAGUAUUGUAUGUGAUCUUAUAAAAAACAGAAGAAACGAAACAGAAUUUUUAAAAAUAUUUAAUAAUGCAGUUGCUUUAACUAAAUUGCCCAAACCUUCUAGAAACAAUGCCAAUAUGGAAUCAAGUUAUAGAAUUUUAUUUUAUGAAAUUAUAGAUAGUAUUUUAAUGCAGUUAAAUGUUAGAUUUAAUGAUACUGACAGAUUAAUAUUUUUACAAUUAGCUGACGUUUCAAAAUUUAAAGAUUAUUGUGGUAUAUUCCCCACCUGUGCUUUAGAUAAUCUUAUUAAAACCUAUUCUAAUAUUUUUCAUAAUGUGGACAAAUUAAAAGUAGAAUUAGAAGUGUUGUAUAACAACGUAAAUUAUCAUAACCUACCACACAUUUAUGAUAUGAUCAAGAUUUUUGAAAAAGAUGUCUUAAAGGAAGUUAUGCCUGAAGUAUAUAAGUUAUUUUCAUUAAUUUUAACCAUUCCAUCCACUAGUGUUUCUGUCGAAAGAAGUUUUUCUUGUCUGAAACGUAUUAAGACUUAUUUAAGAAACAGUACAUCUCAACAGCGUUUAAGUUCUUUGUCUACAAUAUCCAUUGAAAAAUUAUUAAUCCAACAGCUCAAAGAAAAUGAACCAUUUUAUGAAGACAUUAUUGAUAUAUAUGCCAGUAAAAAAGAUAGAACUAUUGAAUUAAUAUAUAAAUUAUAA